AUGAGAAGCGCCGGCCUUCUUCUGGCGGCCGCUGCGUCCGUCCGCGCCGCUUGCUCGUGGAAAAACGUCCACACUGGAGCCGGUGGUGGCUUCGUUCCGUCCAUCAUCUUCCACCCAACCGAGAAGGGAGUCGCAUACGCACGCACCGACAUUGGAGGUCUCUACCGAUUAAACGCCGACGAUUCGUGGACCCCCAUCACCGAUGCCCAUGGAUUCGCUGACGACGCCAACUGGAACCGAUGGGGUAUCGACGCUCUCGCGGUUGACGCUCAGGAUGCGAAUAAGGUCUACAUUGCCACUGGCAUGUACACCAACGACUGGGACCCCAAGAACGGAACGUUGGCGCGCAGCUCCGACAAGGGCGAGACCUGGGAGUUCACCACCCUUCCCUUCAAGGUCGGCGGCAACAUGCCCGGCCGUGGAACCGGUGAGCGCUUGGCCGUCGACCCCAAGAACUCGGAGAUUAUCUUUUUUGGUGCCCGCAGUGGCAACGGUUUGUGGAAGAGCACAGACGCCGGCGCGACCUUCUCAAAGGUCUCUACAUUCGAGGCUGUUGGUACUUUCCGCCCCGGCCUCGAGAGUGAUGCCUACAAUGGUGACCUUCAAGGUCUGACAUUCGUCACGUUUGACGAGACUUCUGACGUCGUCAACGGCGCGACCUCGAGAAUAUUUGUCGGAACCGCCGACAACACCACCGCCUCCGUCUAUGUCAGCACCGACGCCGGUGCUACCUGGGGCCCCGUCGGCGACCAGCCCAAGAAGUUCUUCCCUCAUAAGGCCGUCCUUCAACCCGCCGAGAAGGUCAUUUAUUUCACCUACUCUGACGGAACCGGCCCUUACGAUGGAACCCAGGGUGGUGUCUGGAAGUAUGACCUGACCUCGAGCGAGUGGAGCGACAUUACCCCUACAGCUGGCAACGAUCUCUUCUACGGCUUUGGUGGUCUCGGCGUGGACAUGCAAAAGCCGGGAACGAUCGUUGUCGCCACACUGAACAGCUGGUACCCGGAUGCGAUCCUCUUCCGGUCCACUGACUCCGGCGCAACCUGGAAGAGGAUCUGGAGCUGGGGCGCUGACGGCAAGGUCGCGCCUCAGUACACCAUCAGCUCACCCAACGCCCCUUGGAUCGAGACCAACUUCCUCGACAUUGACACCAAGAAGCUUGGCUGGAUGAUUGAGUCCCUCUCCAUUGACCCCACCAACAGCGACAAGUUCUUCUACGGCACUGGCCUCACUCUGUACGGCGGCAACGACCUGACAAACUGGGACAAGAACAAGACCAUCACCAUCCAGAGUCUCGCGUCCGGUAUCGAGGAAAUGGCUGUCGGUGCCUUGGCCAGUGCUCCUGAUGGACCCGAGCUGUACUUCGCGACCCUCGACAACAACGGCUUCACGUACAAGACCGUCGCUGAUGUUGACAGGGCCCCCAAAUCUGCUUGGGCGAACCCUUGGUGGGCCAGUAGUGUCGACGUUGACUUUGCCGGAAACAAACCCAACAAGGUCGCUCGCAUCGGCAAGGCUACCGAUUCACCCCAGCUCGCCCUCAGCACCGACGGCGGCGAGACCUGGUCUGUCGUCAACGCGACUGGCAACACCAUCACUGACGGCUCGGUUGCCUACUCCGCCGACGGCGACGUCAUCCUCUGGUCCUCCAAGAGCACCGCCGGCGUCCAGGUCAUUCGCAACGCGGGCAAGCCCAUGAACGUCACCCUCCCCGCCAACAGCAUCAUUGCCAGCGACAAGAAGAAGAAUGGCGUCUUCUACGCCGGCUCCGAGGCGACCUUCUACGUCUCCACCGACGGCGCCGCCACCUUCACCAAGGCUCCUCUCGGCAACAUCACCGAGAUUCGCUUCAUCGCCGCUCACCCCACCACGGCCGGCGAGAUUUUUGUCUCCACCGACUCCGGCAUCUUCCACAGCACCGACUUUGGCAAGACCUUCUCUUCCAUCUCCGGUCCCUCCAACGCCCACGCCAUCUCCGUCGGCAAGGGUGAGGGUAGCACCUGGAACCUCUAUGUCUUUGGCGAGGCCGCCGGCGGCAAGAAGCUUUACGCCAGCCCCGAUCUCGGUGCUUCGUGGGUUGACCUCCAGGGCACCCAGAGCUUCGGCGCACUCGACGGUGCUUCUCUUGUCGGUUCCGCCAACGAGGCCAACGUCAUCUAUGUUGGUACCAACGGACGCGGUGUUAUGUACACCUCGUGCCCUUUCUCCAACUCUACAAUAGCUCCCGCUGCUGCCAGAAGGCACUUGCGCAGCAGAACCAUGCGUCUUGGAAGACCUCCCCACCGUCACUAA